UCAAAUAUCAAUCGAGUAAAAUUUUAACGUGAAUUUUGUUUUGAUCCUCAUUUAAGGAAUGUAAUUCACCUGAUUCCCGAAUGUUUCCAAAUUUUUCACCAUACGUAUAAUUAAAGUGUUGAAUAACAGUUAAAUUACUUCAUUUUUUCAUAUACGCACCGUUUACGCAACACGCAAUGUUUCUUCGCCGUACCGGCCUCUGCUUGCUACGGUCGUCCCGUGAAACUGUCCCCCUCGUUCGUCGUCAGCUAGCAACAGCUGCCACUGCUCCCCACUCAAAGCUAGAAGAUUUUCGCACCGGCGAAACCGAUCCGGCUAAUCACAACAAAUCGCACCUGUCCCGCUUCUACACCAUCCCGGUGGAUGUUCGAAAGCAAAUUUUCGCCUACGGAGGCCUACCGAAAACAUUCGAGCGACAGACGAAAACCUUCAACGAAAACUGUCUGAUGGUUCGGCAACCAGCCGUAGAACUGAUUGGUUAUUUGAAGCGGACAGAUUUCCGUAAACCGGUCAACCGGUUUGUGCUUUACGGUAAGGAUGGCGUCGGUAAAUCACUGAUACUGGCACAUAUGCUUCACUAUGGGUACAGUCAGGAGUUUGUGCUGGUGCAUGUGCCUUGGGUAGCGAACUGGAUGAAACGGGCUAAAGAAACUGCCCUGUCCAGUACGCACGAAGGUUGCUUGGAUCUUCCACUGGAUGGUGCAGCUUGGUUGGUUCAUUUUAAGCAUCAAAAUGCAAAGCUUUUAACGAAGUUGGAUUUGAAAGUGAGCCGGGAAUAUGUUUGGAGUAAGCGAGAAACGACACCGGCGGGGUCGCCGAUUCUGGAACUGGUCGAACACGGUAUUAAUAGGGCGAAGUUUUCCUGCGAUGCAAUCGCUGCCUUGCUGCAGGAGUUGCGAGAGCAGUCGACUGAAGGAAAGUUACGAACUAUGGUGGUUAUCGAUGGGUUCAACGCAUUUUUCCACCCUCACACAAGGAUCCUGAUGGAAAAUAAGGUACGGGCGACACCGGAGAAGUUGACGCUGACGAAACCUUUCCUCGAUAUCACCAGUCAUGGUUGGUCCAAUGGGGUGUGCAUUCUAGCGGUGGAUCGAAUGGCUCUGACCGAGGACCGUAUGGAAUCGGAUCUGCCACUUUAUCAGCUGCGAAGGGAAGGUUUCGAGCAUUUGGAUCCGUUCGUGCCGGUUCGGGUGGAUAACUAUUCGGAGGAGGAGUAUUAUAGCUGUGUGCAGUACUAUCUGAAUCGGAAGUGGAUACAAACCACGGCGGAUGGGUUUGAUAAGGAGUUGGAGUUUCUUAGCGGGCGCAAUCCGUACAAGCUGAUGCAGUUGUGUGCGAGUGUGUAGGGUGGAUGGGGCUUAGAAACAGUUAAUAA